AAUAAAAAAAGAAGAAGAAGCAACCGGAAGCUUACAACUAUUACUUUUGUAACAACAGUGCAACCAACGCUUCAUUUGAAUGGAACAAAACACGACUGAUCUGCGGAUCCAUUACAUGCAUUGCUACGUGGUGAUUGCUGUUUGAGAGAGCAGCAUGGAUCCGUCAGAGGCAGAGGGAGUGGGUGCUGUGGGUCCCGUCCCAACACAGAGUCCCAAACCCGAGCUUUCUGCAGCGAUGCGGGCUAAAAUCGAGCGGAACCGACAGCAGGCGUUGAUGCUCCGGCAAUCCCGACUAGCGAGUCGCCCUUCGUCCGCUGUGGAGGGCGCAACGUCGGCCAAAAUCUCCAAGACCGUCGACUCUGGUGCCGGCUUCUUCAUCGAGGAAGAGGAUUAUGGAGAGGAAGAGCAGAGGACCAGGAAGGUUGUGCAUCAGCCAGCUCCAGUGAUCGAGCCAGAUUACCUGGUGUGCGAUGACUGUCAAAGACCCUUUAUGGACUCCUACCUCAGCAACAGCUUUGACCUGUCUGUCUGUGACAAGUGCAGAGACAACGAGGAGAAGCACAAGCUGAUCUCCAGAACUGAGGCCAAGCAGCACUACCUGCUGAAGGACUGUGACCUGGACAAGAGAGAGCCUCCGCUCAGGUUCACUCUGAAGAAAAACCCUCACAACCCACAGUGGGGGGACAUGAAGCUUUACCUCAAAGUACAGGUGGAGAAGAGAAGUAUGGAGGUGUGGGGCUCGGAGGAAGCCCUGGAGGAGGCAAAAGAGACGAGGGAAGAGAAUCGAGAGGUGCAGAAACAAAAACGCUUCAACAAGAAGGUCAAAGAGCUGCGCAGGGCGGUGAGGAGCAGCAUGUGGACCAAAGACACCAGCGUUCACCAACAUCAGUACGGACCGGAGGAGGUAGUGGAUCCGGAGGAGGACCUCUACAAGAAAACCUGCACCACCUGUGGACAAGAACUCAGCUACGAGAAAAUGUAGACUCACACACACACACUGACUGUUGGGGUUCGGUCUACAAGGACAAGUUUUCUGGUGCUUCUGUGGAAACCCCCAACCCUACCAGCUGUAUUCCUUUUUUUCUACUGGUAUUUAUUUAUUAAUAAAACAAGCCAUAUUUAUCACAUA